UCAGUGCUGAGGUUGGUCUUUAGUGCUACGGUAAUCGAUUGGCCAUAUUUUGAAGUGAGAGGACUUGCGGAUUGCGAAUGGAACGCACUAUGUCAGUUUUAGGGCUGAGGGCGCAGUUGUACUCCCUUGACAAAGGAAAUAAACCACUUAAGGACUUGCUGUUCCAACACAACACAAUCAUUCUGAAAAUGGUGCGCGAAGGGGAAUCGAUUUCUUAUCUGGAAUAUCUCUAUACCUUCAUGAGAGCGAUUCCACAGCUGAGGAAGGAGCUCGAGAACGUUGUUCAACUGGAUGGCGUGGAUGUGGUGGGGUCAACGCGUCAGCGGAAGAAACACGUGGUGUGUCAUCACUGUGGAAAUGCGGGUCACAAGCGAAACAAGUGCUUGGCGCGAAAACGCAAACCACGUCCAGAGCCAAUGGAGGUGGAUGAGGAGCCGAUGGAGCUGCCGGUGCCAUCAAGCUGUGACCCGACAGUGGCCAAACGAAGGGCACUAAUGGCGUCUCUCAGUGACGAAAGCAACAUUGAGGAGAAAGUUCGAGGUUUGGCGGAACGUAAAUUGCCGCUACAGUGUUGCAUAGAACCAGGCGAAGCGUACAAUCUGUAUGAUGUGCAAUCAUUUAAUGAAAUGUACGACGAAGCAAUGAUGCAAAUAAAGUCGAAUAGUUGAUUGUUA